AUGGGAGCAAGGAAACAGGCGGACGUUGAGCGGGACGGAGCAGUAUCUCGUCUAUCUCCCAGUGGACCUUCCGGUGGGAUGCGAUACCUAUGUCCUCUCGUCUCGACGCUGUUCAUCAAUUUGUCGUCGCCUUCCGUUUCUCGCAACGAUACCACCUCUGCCGCGUUCCAUUGUACAUACCGCACCGCAAUCGAACAUUCGUACUAG